AUGAGAGGAAGGAAUCAAACCAUCUCAGAGUUCCUUCUCCUGGGCUUGCCCAUCCAGCCAGAACAGCAAAGCUUUUUCUAUGCCCUGUUCCUGGCCAUGUACCUUACCACCAUCCUGGGGAACCUCCUCAUCAUCAUCCUCAUUCGACUGGACUCCCACCUUCACACACCUAUGUAUUUGUUUCUCAGCAACUUGUCCUUCUCUGACCUCUGCUUCUCCUCUGUGACCGUUCCCAAGCUGUUGAAGAACAUGCAGAGCCAAGACCCAUCUAUCUCUUAUGCAGGUUGCCUGGCCCAAAUGUACUUCUUCCUGUUUUUUGGAGACCUGGAGAGCUUCCUCCUUGUGGCCAUGGCCUAUGACCGCUAUGUGGCCAUCUGCUUCCCCCUCCACUAUGGCACCAUCAUGAGCCCCAGCCUCUGUCUCUGCCUGGUGGUGCUGUCCUGGGUGCUGACCAUGUCCCAUGCCAUGUUGCACACCCUGCUCACGGCCAGAUUGCGCUUUUGUGCUGACAACAUGAUCCCCCACUUUUUCUGUGAUUUGUCUGCCUUGCUGAAGCUGGCCUGCUCUGACACUCGAGUUAAUGAGUUGGUGAUAUUUAUCACGGGAGGCCUCAUUCUUGUCAUCCCAUUUCUACUCAUCAUCAUGUCCUAUGCACGAAUCGUGUCCUCCAUCCUCAAGGUUCCUUCUGCUAGGGGUAUCCGAAAAGCCUUCUCUACCUGUGGCUCCCACCUCUCUGUGGUGUCACUGUUCUAUGGGACGAUCAUUGGUCUCUACCUAUGUCCUUCAGCUGAUAAUUCUACUGUGAAGGAGGCUGUGAUGGCUGGGAUGUACACUGUGGUGACCCCCAUGCUGAACCCUUUCAUCUACAGCCUGAGGAACCGAGACAUGAAGGGAGCCCUGGGAAGAGUCAUCUGUAAGAAGAAAAUUCCCUCCUGUCUAUGA